AAUGAAUUUACCUGAUUCAUAAUAUUUUUCACAACAUGUUUUAUUAGAAAGUAAUAAAGUGAAGUGGCGUGUUGUCGUCAGAGUUAUUAUGUUCCUUUUCGAGAACUUGUGUAUUAGGUUGUUGCAGACAACAACAGUAAUGGCAGACGGAGCUAUGUGCAGCAUGCCUGCAUGCGAUUUAAAAACUUUAAAUUAGUAUUUUUUGCUGUCGCUGGGGACAAAGGUUGGAAGUAUCAUUGUAGGUAGCUAUAAACCCGAAAUAAAGCAACGAAGAAUUUAAAAUGGAUGUGAAACCGUUCAUUUUUGGAGGUUUGGCGUCAAUGGGUGCAGAAAUGGGUAAGUCUCGCGACGGUACUUUUCCUAUUGAUACAACAAAAACAAGGCUACAAGUUCAAGGUCAAGUAAUCAAUAAUUCAUUAAAAGAAAUGCGAUACAGAGGUAUGUUACAUGCAAUGUACCGGAUUAGCAAAGAAGAGGGUGUGACAGCUUUGUAUAAUGGUAUAAAGCCUGCAUUACUACGCCAAGCGACAUAUGGAACAAUUAAAAUUGGACUUUACCAUGGAAUCAAACGUUUGAUAACAAAGGAUCCAAAAGAUGAAACUUUGGCAUUAAAUAUGUUUGCUGGUAUAGUUGCAGGUGCUCUUUCAUCUGCUUUAUGUAAUCCAACUGAUGUCUUAAAAGUGCGUCUCCAGGCCCAGACGGCAGGUACGGUAAUAGCUGAACAUAGUAUGCUUCAUUCGUUCGUCAACAUAUACAAAAUGGAAGGAUUAAGUGGUUUAUAUCGGGGUGUAGGACCAACAGCUCAAAGAGCAUCAGUUGUUGCUGGAGUUGAGUUGCCAGUAUAUGAUUUUUCCAAAAGAUGUUUCGUUGAUUCAGAAAUUUUAGGUGACAAUCCAGCAACUCAUUUUUUGUCAAGUAUUAUUGCUGGACUAGCUGGAGCAAUAGCUUCAAAUCCAAUUGAUGUUGUUAAGACACGAAUGAUGAAUCAACGCAAAGUGGCAAACACAUCAGCAACCACUUUGUACACUAGUUCACUAGACUGUGCUAUUAGGACAUGUAAAACCGAAGGUGCUAUGGCUUUAUAUAAAGGAUUUAUUCCAACUUUUGUUCGUCUGGGUCCAUGGAACAUACUAUUUUUUAUGUCAUUUGAACAACUAAGGAAUGCAGAAAAAAGAUGGUAUAGUACGUAGUAUUCCAAAUUUUCUCACCAUUUUUAUAGAAACUAGAUAUAUUUUUUGUAUCACUUUUUCUCAUUCUUAGAUUAAACAUGUGAUAGGUAAUUACCUUAAGGGAAGAAAUUUUCGCGGGAAUUUAAUUUCGCGGUUGAUCAAAACGAUUUUUUUCGCGGAAUUUAAUUUCGCGGUCGAGAAAAAAAUAUAAUUUUCGCGGUCGAGAAAAAAUAGUCUUUCUAAAUUGUUAAUUACUCGUUACAUUCAUCAUCGAUAAUGAAGUCAAAUGCGUUUCUAUCAAAGUCUUCUUCGAACCCCCAUUCUGCAUCAUCAUCAUUGUCGUCGUCAUCUUCAUCAUUUUCUACGAUUUCGUUUACGUAUCCGAUAUUAAAUCUGUCUUCGUUUGACCAUUUUUGGUAGGACUUUCUGUUGGUCUUUCGAGGAGUAGAUGCGGCUUGGGCAGCAGCUUGGAAAUCUAACGGUCCUAAACCUGAUUCUCUCUGCAAGUUACGCGACGAUUCUGAAAAAUUAAAGGGAUAUCUGGGUAUUACAUUUGUAUCAAAUAAAUAUCAACUGCUUUAGAAUUUUAAUAAUUCUAACAAGGCUUUAAACUCGGAAGAUUUUUGCUUAAAAAGUAAGUAUUACAAUAUGAAAGUUAAUAAUAAAAAGUAGUGUUACCUGAACUUGACAUUUUUCUUUCGUCUUGUUUUGUCUUUUUCACAUGAACGCGUUUGUUUACAUGUGUCAGUUUAUCACCCAAACUCAAGAACACGAGUGAAAGAUAUUUUGAUCGAUGAACAAUACAAAUAUACAAAAUUUGUGGUUUAAUAGACCAUUUCUAUAUAUCCAAAACGAGACGAAUUUCUAUUAAAAACUUUCAAUGGUUUUUUUUUGUUUCGGGAGAGCAAAUAAAUGAACAUUCGAAAAGAAAAAUUUUCCAGACAACAAUUUUCCCGCGUGUUUAUCCUAUUGUUUGAGGGGGAAACCCUUCGAUGAGAGCAAAUAAAUGAACAUUCGAAAAGAAAAAUUUUCCAGACAACAAUUUUCCCGCGUGUUUAUCCUAUUGUUUGAGGGGGAAACCCUUCGAUGAGAGCAAAUAAAUGAACAUUCGAAAAGAAAAAUUUUCCAGACAACAAUUUUCCCGCGUGUUUAUCCUAUUGUUUGAGGGGGAAACCCCUUACUCGCUGAAGUAAAGGAGACUGAAGUAAAAGAGAGUCAAACAAUGAGGACAAACUUAUUGAGACAAGAAGGAAACAAGAAAGUACAGAAGAAAGUUACUGUCACUGUAAGAUGGCGUACAGUAAAGUUUUCGAAUUUUCAGCAGCAGUAAGAGGAUACCAUUAUUAUAAAAGCUUUUGGAAUCCUCAGAGAGAACAAUUUCUAGAAUGUCAUCACGAGUUUGGAAAUCCCUUUGAUCGUUUCGCGAUCAAGGUUUGCGAAAUAGGAGAUACAAAUGCAGUUGGUCAUCUUCCACGAGAGAUCUCGCGUGUUACAAAAUUUUUCAUGGAUAGAGGAGCAAUCGUUAAUGCCAAGCUUACAAGUGAACAUUAUAGACGCUCUCCCAUCGUUCAAGGCGGUAUGGAGAUUCCAUGUAAAAUCACAGUGAAAAUUGCUGGUAUUUGUAUUAACCUUCUGUUGAUGGAAAAAUAUAAACAACUUAUAGAGGAAUUGUACAUUGAACCCAAGAAUGAGGAAAAUCUGGGAUCCUUUUUACAACCUAAUAAUGUGACCGAGGAAAGCAUCAAUUUACCUUCCACUUCAUCCCAAUCGAAGAAGAGCAAGUCCAAAGAUGAAGCGAGCAAUCAGAAAGAUAUCCGAAGUUUUUUUAGCAAGACCAUUAGCAUUAAAACAACUACUAAAAGGCGAGAUGGCAAGAAGAAAACGGAAAAGAUUAUCACGAUUGACUCUGAUUGAUUAAUGAAAGUUUUAUUGAUUAUUGUAAUUCUUAGAGCAUCUCUUAUGUUAGAAAAGAUACUUUUAUGUAUAUGCCAUUUCUCCAUUCUCAGUUUUCACUGAAUUUAUAAUUCCAAUGCAAAUAAAAUCAAAAAUUUUCGCGAGAAUUUAAUUUCGCGGUCAACAAAUUUCGAAAAAUUUCGCGGGAAUUUAAUUUCGCGGUCGGUGAAUUUUUAAAAUUUUCGCGGGAAGAAAAUUUCGCGGUUUUUUCCAAAAACCGCGAAAACCGCGAAAUUUUCUUCCCGCGAAAAUUUCUUCCCUUAAGGUAGCUUGUUUAUACAGAAUUUUGAAAUUAUGCGUUAUAUUAUUAUAGCAUUGUAGGCAAUACACUGUAUCACUUUAUUGUCAAUUUGAUAGAGUCAAGAAAUAAAAAUAUUUAAACAGCGAUUCACUAUCCAUUAAACGUCAAAUUUAAUAUGAUCUAAAACAUUCUUUUUCCCUUUAAAUUUGUGAAUUUUAUUUUACAGAGUGUGUUUGGUUGUAUUUUUUUUUGUACAGUUUAAGAAAAGUUGGUUGGUAGCAGUUACUUUCCACCAAUCAAAUUCAUCAUAUUGAAUUUGAAUAGUGUAAUUUAAAGAAAAGUGAUACACGUUCAAAUUUGUUAAAUUCAACAAAAUGAAUUUGAAUAAGUGGAUUGUGAAUUGCACAAUUAAGAAAAAUAAGAUUUUUUAUAAAUAUAUCAUAGUAGUUUAUAAGAUAAUCUGCUUAUAAAAAAUUUGCUUUAGAGAAACACUAGACUAAUACUCAGGAAAAAAAUGAAAAGUGACUGUCUAAGAAAUUUAAUAUGGAAAUGCCAUGUGAAGCUUCUUUGCAUCAUUUAGUGUUUUGGUGUAGCAUCUAAAAUCUAAAUAGAUUGUGAGUACCGAUCAUCAACUUCUCUAGAACCUACUUUAUUUUAUAUUAUUUUCUGCAUGAGUGAAUCUUUCCAGAGACCUUAACGACUGUAAUUUUUUUUUGUUUUUUGUCAAUCCUGACAAAACAGGUUACGUUUAUACUGGGCUAUUGUCUUGAUAGAUGAGCUGGGAAUGUUUACAAAUUUUUUUUUUUGAAAAGAAACACUCAAUUUCCCUCGAAGGUGGAUGUUAUGAGUAAAAUUAUGCAAAUUUAAAGGAAAUACCUUUGAUUUAUUGCUAAGUGAUACAGAGUUAGCAAGCGAAAGUUAGCGAUACUUUUUGCAUCUGACUAUUCCAUGACUGACCACAUAAUCAUUUCUUAAAAAGCAUAAAAAUCUGUUAUUCUGUUUUUUUACUGGUUUGUAGUAAUUGGUAGUAGAUGCUUUUUUUGUCAGAAUUACACCAUAAGUGAACAUUUUGUUAGUUUUUAUGAAUUGCUGGUAAAAAAUAGUUUCAUGUCUCUGCAAUGUGUCUAAGAUCAAUCUCGCAUAAUUUCUAUCGAUAGCAGUUUCAAUAGGAGACGAAUGGAUUAUCUUGGAUAUUUAUAACGGUUAGGAUUAAACUUCGUUUCUGAAGUCUUGUUUUUCCCACUCACACAAUUCACAUUUCUUGCACAUAAUUAUAUAGUUUCUGCAUAAUUAGGAUAUAUAAUAUAUGUAAAUAUUUAUUGUAUUAUAUUUUUUGAUUUUAUAAAUACAGCUACAAGACGUGUUUUGUUUUUA